AACCUGCCCUAUAAAUCUAUCUGUUUCUGGACUCCGGAGGGCUGUGUUGCCAAGAGAUAUUAAGGGGUUUAGACAGAGUGCCCACGUGAAAGUGGCCGUGCGCCGGGUAGGCAUGGAUUAUGUUUAAGGCUGUAAGAGGCCAGCGCUCCCUGCACUGCUCCUCUGCUCUUGCAGGGAAUGUGAGCCACAUCAUCUCCCACAGACAUGAAAAUAAAGGUCGCCUGCAAGCUGCUCAGUUAUUCACAUUGUUUGUUCAGCACAGAUGCUGGAAGGUAACUCCCCAAUUAGGAGCCAUUUCAGCUGGAACUGGAGGCAGGCUCCGCACGCUUUGUUUCUCGCCUGUUAUAUCUCCACUUUCCCCAGUGACAGCCACACGUUGGACAGUGCUGGAUGGGAACCAAGGCUCAGCUCCCAUCUGAGCGUGUCACAGAGCUGCGCCGUGCAGCCUGGCGGCCACGUCUGCCUCAUGGGACAAUUCUUUCCGCUCUCCAAGAGUUUUUCCACCGUCACCUAAAACGGGGCUUCUCUGCCCCCUGGCUCCUUCAUAAACUUGCAGAGUAGUGUCUCCUCCCUGGCUAUGGGUUAGACAACUCCGUGUCCGGUGAUAAAACCCUUCAACCCUCCCCUUGCUCCUUCUCCCCUCCCCUUCCUCUUCCCUGGAGACGAAGCUGCAGAUCAGUUGUCGAAGGCUGCUCCGGCCCUGGGGGAUGGGGAGCGGAAGCCCAAUGAAGUUAUCAAAUUCCUGGAAGUCUACGAGCGCAGCUUCUGCAGGACAAUUGAGACCCUGGUGGACAUUUUCCAGGAGUACCCUGAUGAGGUGGAGUACAUAUUCAGGCCAUCCUGUGUGCCUCUGAUGAGAUGUGCGGGUUGCUGCGGCGAUGAGGGCCUAGAAUGUGUCCCUGUGGAUGUGUACAACGUCACGAUGGAGAUCGCGAGAAUUAAACCCCAUCAGAGUCAGCACAUAGCGCACAUGAGCUUCUUACAGCACAGUAAAUGUGACUGCAGACCAAAGAAAGAUGUCAAAAAUAAACAAGAAAAGUGGGCACAGAAACCCAGAUCUGACGGUCCUUCCUACAUACCCCAGACCUGGAGCUUGCAUGACCCACAACCAUGGCAGUCAUUCCUAAUGCUUUACCCCGAGUCAGGGAAGUCCCGUCGUGUGUGUCCUACCAGAAUGGAUUCAAGAAAAUCAAAGCGAGGAAAGGGGAAGGGUCAAAAGAGAAAGCGCAAGAAAGGCCGGUACAAACCACCCAGCUUUCACUGUGAGCCUUGCUCAGAGAGGAGAAAGCACUUGUUUGUACAAGAUCCCCAGACCUGUAAAUGUUCCUGCAAAUUCACAGACUCACGUUGCAAGUCGAGGCAGCUUGAGUUAAACGAGCGCACUUGCAGAUGUGAAAAACCGAGACGGUGAGCAGCGGAAAAGAAGGGGGAACAGCCCUGUUUCUGGAGCCUGAUUUCUCGCCUGGACAGAAAAAUACAAAACAAAACACUAAUCCAAAUGAACCCUAAAAAUGAAGGAUCGGUAGAGCACAGCACUUUCAGUACGGAUGAUGGACUCCGGAAGGAACAUUCCCCAAGGCACCCGCCGCACAGAAUUCACCUUUGGGUUUUGAACUGUUUUAUUUUAUUUUUUGUUUCAUGCUGCUAAAUAACAGAGCCAGGAAGACUAUAGGGGUGUAUUUGAUGGGUUUUCCCAUGCAUACAUAUAUAUGUGUGUAUACAUGCAUAUACAUAUAUAUAUAUGUAUAUAUAUUUUAACCACAUCUAUAUAUACAUAUAUGUAUAUCUUAACCACACACACACACACACAUAUAUAUUUUAUAUAUAUAUAUAUAUAUACUGAUUAUUUUUUUUAACAUUGCUAAUGUUAUUGGUGUCUUCACUGGAUAAUACUCGACUGCUGUGGACACAAGCGGGCUACUUGGGGCAUAAGAAACAAGCUAAGACUGGACUUGAGUAGAAGCGCUGGGUGUAAACUUCUUAACUCUAACUGACCUGUGCGGCCUCCGCUGUUUCUCUGUAGAGUGUGCUGUACCACAAACCACCUUCUCCUUGCCUGGGACAGGGAGGAGAGGUGACGGAGAGGAUGGGCAGGGAGUUCCAAAGAGCGGCAUCCUAGGGUGCGAUGGGUCAAAGGCCAAGGAAAUGGCCAUCUGCGUGAUCAAGGAUUCCUCCUCCCCUCUCUUCCCCCAACCUUCGCCCUUACUCGUCUCAUAACCUGCCUGCCUUGCUGGGACAUGGGAUGUCAGUGUACAUUUUGCGUUGACUUCAUUCGCUAUAGAAACUUUGCCAGAGAGACGUGCUGGCUUCUCUUAAGGAUGGUGGGCAGCUGAUGCGCACUAACUUUCCCUUCAAGAAAGUAUCACAGGAGUCUAGAUUUCCCGCCCUUGGUGGCUGCAAAAGGACACAAGGCCUACAGUGUGCUGAAGCAAGAAUGGGGACCGGUGCCUAGCCACACAAUUGUUCAGCACUGUCUGCUUUCUUCAUGCACAGAGCUGCCACUCAAGAGCAUCCAAGAUGCUUAUGGAACAUUUCUGGAAAGGGAUAUUAAUCAAAAGUAUAUACACAGUAGGGGUGUGCGUGUGUGUUGGUGAAUGUGUGCAUUUGUGUCUGUGUGCAUGUAUGUUUGUGUUUUUCUCUCUUUUUUAUAUAUAUAUAUUUAUUUUUAUACAUAUAUAUAUAUAAAAAAUAAUAUAUAUGUAUGCCAAGAUGGAAGGGGGGAAAAAGAAAGCAAUUUUUUGCUGCCUUCCGUUUGCACGUCCAGUGUGAAUGACCCUUGGGAACGUCAAGAUUUUUUUAGUGACGUACUGUAAAUACCAGGCUCCUUUUCCACCUCUUGGUCUGGGAAUCAAAUGUGAAGGCAGCCAGAAUCCCUAAGCCAUGUCUGAAAAUCUUGGCUAUGUGUGUAUCUGCAAUAUACUCUGCGGUGUAUGUGGAACCCACCUUACACACGCGACACACACACACACACACCCCUGAAAGCGUGUUUGUACAUCUAUGUGGAUAUAUAUAAUCUAGUUCUGUGAUUAAAAUUAUUAAUAAUAAUAAUAAUAAUCAAAAAGGUACUCGGUCUGUGUCAGAAAUCUGCCAAACAUCAUCUGCAAUUGAAUUUUCAACGCCUGAUAAUGUACAACACGGAAAGCUUCCAAAAAAGACAAGACAGUCUAAAAACAGACUCACAACAAGUGACUACUAACCACUAGGAACUCCCCAUCUGAGUGAUGACUUUCAGGAGAACACACGGGUGGGUGCUUGCAUCUGCAAUGUAUAAUACUCAUGCUGCAUCGUGCGCAAGACAGAGGCUUCCGAUGGGGGGGAGGGAAGAGAAAGUGUUUUAUAUACUUAUUUAAUAUCCCUUUUUAAAUUAGAAAUUAAACAUAAUUUAAUUAAAGAGUAGGGAUUUUUCAGUAUUCUUUGUUAAUAUUUAAUUUGAACUAUUUAUAAGCCGUACCUCUUUUUUUUUCUUUUUUUUUUCUUUUUUUUUUUCUUUUUUAUUUGUACUGGUUGUGUAUAAAUUUAACUUUCCUGUUGUCCCAUCCCAUCUCUCCCCAAUUGUUGGCAGAGUCAGUAGCAUGUUAUGGGCAGUUAUUUAAUUAAUUUCUCUAACACCUACCCCUACACAUUCCUAUUGAGACAAGGGUUAGAUAUACAUCUACAUACUAUAUAUAUAUUUGGCUAUGUGUUUGUAUAUAUAUAUAUAUGUUUAUGUAUAUGUGUGAUUCGGAUGAAAUAGACGCUACGAUUUUUUUAUAUAUGUACAAAGAAGAGACAGGAAAAAUAGAAAAUUCUACAUCUUGAAUCUCUCUCCUUUUUAAUUUUAAUAUUUGUUAUCAUUUUAUUUAUUGGUGCUACUGUUUAUCUGUAAUAAUUGCGGGGAAAAAAGAUAUUAACACUA